CCAGCAUGCGCCAACCCUUGCAUGAACUCCAUCGAAACUGUUGUAUCCAGAUUUGACGUCUCUUCCUCCUUCAAAACCAGAGAUGGCCUCUCUGCGUAUCCGCGCCAUGCCCGUGCUUUUGGGACGCCGGUUCACAAUCCAUCCGGUGAAUCUUGCAUGACUCCUCCCUCAUCACACCUCUUCAAGACACCCGCAAGAAACAGGACACCAUUCUCUCACUUCACCCGCACCCAAGAGAAGACAGCUCGCUUAUGUGUCGUGAGCGGGCGAGUGGGUUAAGUCCUUCCUGGUAAUCUCGCUCUUAUUAUAUCUCAGUUCAUACCGCAACACACGCGGGAUCUAGUGAUCCUCUUUUUUGCUUCCCGACUUUUCCGUUGUUUCCUUGUUUCUUUUCUCUCUCCUUUCCUGCAUGUUUGUAUGUUGGCUAAAUAGUUCUUUGCCGGCAAACCCUCGUCCUUUUAACUUCAGAACUCUUUUUCGCUUUUACCAGCCGCGCUGUUUUGAAAUCAUCAAGAAACAAUUUCAUCAUCAUGUCACUCCUAAAACAGGCAGCCCUAGGUCUGCUCCUCACCUCUGCUUCCUCAACCGCCCUGGAGUUCACCAUAGCAGGCGGUCAAAUCUUCACCCCAGGCCUGGCAGUCCUCAACUCACCUCAACCAGGCACCCCAUUAGGAGGCGAUCUAAUAGAAAUCUCCCUCGACAUCACAACCAACGGCCGCCUCCCCCUCCCCCCUUACUCCCCAGACUCCCCCUCCCAAAUCCACAACAUCUCCAUCUUUCUCUCCUCUUACGCCACCGGUAAAAAUUUCACCAUCACAAACGGAACCGCCACAUCCUCCAACUUCAACGAGAACGCCUCCCUGGGCAAUAUUCUGUUUCAGGAACCUGGCUCGACAGUCAAGCACGUCAAGUGGAUCUGGCCCGACUGUCUUGUUGGCGACGGCCAGCCUCAGACACUCGACAGCGCGAGGGGGGCGUACAAUGUGAGCAUCAGGCAGAGCUUUCGGUUGAACGGUGAGGAUUUUUACACGGUGUUUGAUGUGCCGAUUUCGGUGACGAAUCGGAUUGGGGAGGAGGCGCCGAAUGGGGUUGCUAGGCCAAGCUGUGAGGAAUUGGAGAAUGAGAUGAUGGAGUGGGAGGAGGUUAGGGAGGGGGCGGAUGAGAUGGGGGCUUUGUUUGCGCCGGGGGAUGCGACGGUGCUGGAGACUAGUGGGGAUGAGGAUGGGGAUGGGUUGGGGCCUGUGAGGCCUGGGGCUGGGAGUGGGAGUGGGCUGGGGAGUGGCGCGGGAGGGUUGAAGGUGGGAUUGGGGUGGUUGGUUGGGUUGGGGUUGGGGGUUGUGGUUUUGUUGUAG